AUGGCCGCUGGAGGCUCGGGCAGGGUGCCAACCGGGUUCGCUGCAGAGACGUACAUCAGCGAACAUACUUUCCGCCAAGGCCAGCGCGCAAUCGAAUCAGGCGCAGGGUCGAAGAAGAGAAAGCGAGAGGGCAAGGGCAACUCAAGUGUCGUAACUGGUGCUGGUGCAUACAAGGGACCUUGGGCGAAAUAUGAGGAAGAGAGGCCAGACGCUGCCUCAGAUGACGAGUUCGGGUCGGACGUCGAGGUGGAAAUAGUCUACGAGGAAGAUGAGAUCGUCGACAACGCUGCGCCCGCGCAAAAGAAGCUCGCUGGUACAGACUACCGCGAUACCGAAGCCGAAGGCGAGACGAGCGAGUUUGUCGGUAGCCAGCAGUACGACUAUCAGGGACGGACAUAUAUGCAUGUGCCCACGGAUCUCGACAUCAAACUUACCGGCGAUUACGAGCCCAAGAACUUCAUACCCAAGAAGCUCAUUCACACCUACAAAUACCACACUAAGUCGAUUACCCAAGUUCGCUUCAUACCUGACAGCGGUCACCUCCUACUCUCUGCCUCGGCCGAUUCGAAGAUUGCGUUAUGGGACGUCUAUCACCAACGCGAGCUCCUGCGAACAUACUCUGGGCACACGAAGUCGGUUGUUGACAUUGACUUUAACCCCAGCGGCACACAAUUCAUCUCCGCAAGUUACGAUCGCUACAUGAAGCUAUGGGACACGGAGACUGGAAAGUGCUUGAACAAGUUCACGACUGGAAAGACGCCGCAUGUCGUCCGCAUCAACCCCAGUACACCACAUGAGUUCCUGGCCGGUAUGAGCGACAAGAAGAUCCUACAAUACGACACAAGAAGCGGAGAGAUGGUACAAGAAUACGAUCAUCAUCUCGGACCUGUCAACACAAUUACCUUCUGCGACGAGAACCGCCGCUUCAUUACCACAUCGGACGACAAAUCCCUACGCGCUUGGGAAUACGGUAUUCCCGUACCCAUCAAGUUCAUCGCCGAACCCUACAUGUUCUCCAUGGUCCGCUCCUCACCCCACCCGUCAGGCAAAUACGUUGCCUUCCAAUCCUCCGACAACCAGAUCACCGUAUACAGCUCUACGGACCGUUUCCGACAAAACCGAAAGAAGAGUUACCGAGGACACAAUGUGGCUGGAUAUGCGCCAGACGUGGCGAUCAGUCCGGACGGGCAGUUCAUCAGUUCCGGUGACAGCGGAGGUUACUUGUGCUUCUGGGACUGGAAGACAUGCAAGAUGUACCACAAGAUUCCGGCGAGUGAUGCGCCUGUGCUGUCAGUACAAUGGCAUCCUAGGGAGACAAGUAAGGUGGUUGCUGGUGAUCUGAAUGGUGCUUUGAAAUUGUAUGAUUAG